AUGAAUAAAUUUGACUUGUUUGAUGAUUACUCGACCAAAGGGUCAGCUAUCCCUCUUCCCAAUGAAAAUUUUGACCAAUUGUUCUUAAGCUCGGAACCCAAUGAUAUUGAAUUUUUAUUUAAUGAAACGUUGAUGGGGUUACAAGAUUUAGAUGUUCCUUCUGGGUAUGGAGUUUCCCAAAAUACCAUUAAUAAUGAUUUCCACCACACACCAAAUAAGUCAAAGUCUCACAGUAGGCAAUACAGUGGAACAGCAAUUUUUGGUUUUGCCGACCACAAUAGAGAUUUAUCCAUAAAUGGUGUCAGCAAUGACUUGUACAAACAAUCCAAUAAAGUCAUUAGCACACAGUCUGUAUCACCUGGCGAGUUGUUGAAACGUGCAAGAGCUUCACCAACGCCAACACCAACAACUGUACCGGCUACUGCUCAAGACAUUUUAGAUUUUAAUUUUGAAGAAAAACCAAUUUUGUUACUUGAAGAGGAUGAGCUUGAAGAAGAAAAACACAAACAACAAGAAAGAAUGAUGACACAACUGUCUCCGUUAAAAAGAGUAACCACUCCUAGGCAAUCGCCAUUUGUCCAACAAUCUCAAACCAUGAAACAGAGAAAGUCACACAAGACAGACGAGUACAUUGUUGCCAAUGAGAAUCCCAAUUCGUACAAAUUUCCACCAUCACCUUCACCGCCUGCCAAACGUCAACAGUAUCCACCGUCCUCUCCAAUACCAUAUAAUCCAAAACCUGAUCCAGUUGGUGGCAAUUCUUAUUCUGCAAAAUACUUGCAGUCUUUAAACAAAACCCAGCAAGUUGAAUAUGUUGAUGAUAUUGAACCGUUUUUGCAGGACGAUACGAAUAACAUGAAGUAUAUUCCAAUUCCUAUACAAGAACCCAUGCUGUACCAAAAACAGAAACCAAUGACACCUCCAUUACAAUCACAAAAGGUUUCUCAACCGGUAGAACCAUUAAAGGCAUCACAACCACAACCAAAACAACAACAGCAACUAAAUAAUGAACAGGGUAAAGAAUUUAAUGCUAAUUUCAAUUUCAACACUUUCUUACCCCCACCGACUCCACCCAAUUUGAUUAAUGGAUCUCCUGAUUGGAACUCAUCACCAGAACCGCUUUCUCCCUCUCCAGGAAGAUUGCAGCCACCACAACAGAUAUCCCCAGUUCACCAGAAUCUAGGUGCUAUGGGUAACAAUAUCAACUUUUAUACACCCAUGUAUUACGAGCUGCCUGUACACUCUGAACUAGCACAACAACAGCAACAAAACCAGCCUGAAUUACAAAACACUUAUCAACAGAUUAAACACAUUCAACAACAACAGCAAAUGCUACAACACCAGCUUCAUACUCAAAACAACCAACAACAACAACAACAACAACAACAACAGCAACAACAACAACAACAGCAACGUCCAAUUCAAUUCCAGAAUCAGAAUAAGAUUCCUUACUCACAACAAAAUCAAUUCUCACCUACGCAUUCCAAUUUAAACUUGUCUCCUGCAAAACAACUUAAUCCAGAUGCAAUUUCCAUGCAUUUAUCACCUUUGAAAAAACAAUUACCAAACACACCAACGAAGCAACCCCCUGUCACCAUUGAAUGGAGUCCAGUUAUAUCACCAAACUCAAAACAACCAUUACACAAACAAAUCAAAGAAUCGUCACCACGACGCCGAAUCAAAAAGACCUCAUUGUUGCCACCAGGUGAAUUGGAUAACUAUUGGACAGGACCAGAUAAAGACAAAAUAUAUACCUGUACCUACAAAAACUGUGGGAAAAAAUUCACUCGUCGAUAUAAUGUGCGAAGUCAUAUUCAAACACAUUUAAGUGAUCGUCCAUUUGGUUGUCAGUUCUGUCCCAAAAGAUUUGUUAGACAACAUGAUUUGAAUCGUCACGUGAAAGGACACAUUGAAGCCAGAUAUAGUAAAUGUCCUUGUGGUAAAGAGUUUGCUAGAUUAGAUGCUUUGAGAAAGCACCAGGAUCGAAAUAUUUGUGUUGGUGGGAAUAAAAAUGCCAUUAGUAAACCUACAAAGAAAAAGGGGACUAAUAACUGUCAACAGCAAGUGCCUAGUACAGAUAUAGUAGUUGAGAGAAUAGAAAAACAGUUGCUACAGGAAGAUAACAGUCUUACUGACGAGUUUUUGGUGUUGCAAUAG